AUGCCAGAGUCCUCCACAACAACUCUUGAAGAAACAUCCACUACUACAGUAGAGUUAACAUCUACAACAACAGAGCCCUCCACAACAACUCCUGUGGAAACGUCUACUACUACUAUAGCAGUCAAAUCCACUACAGCAGCAGAAUCCUCCACGACAACUCUUGAAGAAACAACAACAACAGAGCCCUCCACAACAACUCUUGAUGAAAUGUCUACUACUACCAUAACAGUAACAUCUACUACAGCAACAGAAUCCUCUACAACAACUCCAGUUGAAACAUCAACCAGUACUAAAGCAGUAACAUCUUCUAUGACAACAGAGCCCUCCACAAGAACCCUUGAGGAAACAUCCACCACUAAUGCAGAAGUAAAGUCAACAACAAACUUUGAAGAAACAUCAACUAUUACAGUAGAUUUGACAUCUACCACUGUAACAGAGCCCUCAACAACAACUUACACUGAAAUAUCCACCACAACCACAGCAGUAACAUCUACUACAAUAGAGUCCUCAACAACUCCUGCUGAAACAGCCACCACUACUGCAGCAGUAACAUCCACAACAACAGAGACAACAUCUCUCUCUACUACUGCAAAUGCAGUAUCUGAAAAUGUAGUGGUAACAACACUGUUUUUCACCUCCCAAGACACAUUUACAGAUGACUUAUAUGAUAAGAGUUCUCCCGCUUUCAAGAAAAGGGCAUCAUUUGUGCAAGGACUUUUUGUCAACAUUUUCAAACGGUUUGAUGCCUUCCUACAAGCCAUUGUCAAGAGAUUCAGCAAAGGAUCAGUCAAGACUGAAGUUGAUCUGCUUUUCAACAGUACAAAUGUUGUGCCAUCAAAUAAUGAAAUUGGCAAUGCAAUAUUGAACAACACACAAUUUCUAAAUGACCUAAACGCAACUGCUAAUUCAGUUGACAUUAAUGGAACACAAAUAUCAUCCAUUACUGAACCAACAACUGAAUAUUCAACACCCACAACAACACCUGCUCAAACAUCCACCACUACUGCAGCAGAAACAUCUACAACAACAGAGUCCUCCACAACAGAAUCCUCCACUGCUCCUCCUGUGGAAACGUCUACUACAACCAUAGUAGUAACAUCUACUAUAGAAACAGACUCCUCCACAACAACUCCUGUUGAAACAUCAACCACUACUGAAUCAAUAACAUCUACUAUGACAACAGAGUCUUCCACAGCAACUCUUGAAGAAACAGUCACAACUGAAUACUCAACACUCACAACACCUGCUCAGACAUCCACCUCUACUGUAGCAGAAACAUCUACAACAACAGAGCCCACAACAACUCCUGUGGAAACGUCUACUACUACCAUAGCAGUAACAUCUACUACAGCAACAGAGUCCUCCACAACUACUCCUGCUGAUACAUCCACCACUACUUCAGCUGUAACAUCUACUACACCAACAGAGUCCUCUACAACAACUCUGGAAGAAACAUCAACAACUGAAUACUCAACACUCACAACAAUGCCUGCUCAAACAUCCACUACUACUGCAGCAGAACCAUCUACAACAACAGAGCCCUCCACAACAACUACUGUAGAAAUGUCUACUACUAACCUAGCAGUAACAUCUACUACGCAAACAGAGUCCUCCACGACAACUCUUGAAGAUACAGCUACUACUACAACAGAAUUAACAUCUACUACUAUAACAGAGCCCUCAACAACCACUCCUGCUGAAAUAUCCACUGCUACUGUUGCAGAAACAUCUACAACAACAACAACAACAGAAUCCUACACAACAACUGCUGCUGAAACAUCCACCAGUACUUCAGCUGUAAUGUCUACUACAACCACAGAGCCCUCAACAACUGUUGUUGAAACAUCUACCACUACUGCAGCAGAAACAUCUACUACAACCAGAGAGUCAGCCACAACAACUAUUGAAGAAACAUUCACAACAACAGAGCCCUCCACAACAACUCCUGUGGAAACGUCCACUACUACCAUAGCAGUAACAUCUACUACACCAACAGAGUCCUCCACAACUACUCCUGAAGAAACGUCUUCCACUACCAUAGAAGUAACAUCUACUACACUAACAGAGUCCUCCACAACAACUCUUGGAGAAACAUCCACUACUAAAGUAGAGUUAACAUCUACUACUAUAACAGAGCUCUCAACAACAACUCCUGCUGCAACAUCCACAACUUCAGUUGUAACAUCUACAAUGCCAGAGUCCUCCAAAACAACUCUUGAAGAAACAUCCACUACUACAGUAGAGUUAACAUCUACAACAACAGAGCCCUCCACAACAACUCCUGUGGAAACGUCUACUACUACAAUAGCAGUCACAUCUACUACAGCAGCAGAAUCCUCCACAACAACUCUUGAAGAAACAUCCACAACUGAACAGUCAACACCCACAACAACUCCUGCUGAAAUAUCCACCACUAAUGCAGCAGAAACAUCUACAACAACAGAGCCCUCCACAACAACUCCUGAAGAAACUUCUACUACUACAAUAAAAGUAACAUCUACUACACCAACAGAGCCCUCAACAACCACUUCUGCUGAAACAUCCACCACUUCAGUUGUAACAUCUACUACAUCAGAGUCCUCGACAACAACUCUUGAAGAAACAUCCACUACUACAGUAGAGUUAACAUCUACUAUUAUAACAGAGCCCUCCACAUCAACUCCUAUGGAAACGUCUACUACUACCACUGCAGUAACAUCUACAACAACAACAGAAUCCUCCACAACAACUCCAGUUGAAACAUCCACCACUGAAUACUCAACACCCGCAACACCUGCUCAGACAUCCACCACUACUGAAGCCGUUGCAUCUACUACAGCAACAGACUCCUCCACAACAAGUUUUGAAGAAACAGCCACUUCUACAGUAGAAUUAACAUCUACUACUAUAACAGAGCCAUCAACAACAACUCUAGCUGAAAUAUCUACCACUACUGCAGCUGUAACUUCUACAACAACAACAACAGAGCCCUCCACAACAACUCUUGAUGACACAUCCACCACUACUGCAGAAGUAACAUCUAUUAUAACAACAGAGCCCUCAACGAUUCCUGUUGAGAAAUCCACCAGUACAGCAGAAAUAACAUACACUACUACAGCAGAGCCCUCAACAACAACAUUUGAAGACACAUCCACCACUACUGAAACAGUAACAUCUAUUUCAACAACAGAGACACCCACAACUACUCUUGAAGAAACAUCCACCAUUACUGCAACAGUAACAUCUACUGCAACAACAGAGUUCACCACAACUACUUCUGCUGAAACAUCCUCCACAUCUGCAGCAGUAACAUCUACAACAACAAAGACAACAUCUCUCUCUACUACUGCAAAUGCAGUAUCUGGAAACGUAGUAGUAAUAACACUGUUUUUCAAAUCCCAAGACACAUUUAUAGAUGACUUCAAUGAUAACAGUUCUCCCGCUUUCAAGAAAAGGGCAUCAUUUGUUGAGCAACUUUUUCAUGAGCUUUUGAAAGGGUGGUUUAAGUCUUUCCUAGGAGCCAUCGUCAAGAAAUUCAGCAAAGGAUCAGUCAACACUGAAGUUGGUCUUCUUUUUAACAGUACAGAUGUUGUACCAUCAAAUAAUGAAAUUGGCAAUGCAAUAUUGAACAACGCACAAUUUCUAAAUGACCUAAACGCAACUGCUAAUUCAGUUGACAUUAAUGGAACACAAAUAUCAUCAAUUACUGAACCAACAACGGAAUACUCAACACCCACAACAACACCUGCUCAAACAUCCACCCUUACUGCAGCAGAAACAUCUACAACAACAGAGUCCUCCACAACAGAGGCCUCCACUGCUCCUCCUGUGGAAACGUCUACUACUACCAUAGUAGUAACAUCUACUAUAGAAACAGACUCCUCCACAACAACUCCUGUUGAAACAUCCACCACUACUGAAUCAAUAACAUCUACUAUGACAACAGAGUCUUCCACAGCAACUCUUGAAGAAACAGUCACAACUGAAUACUCAACACUCACAACAACACCUGCUCAGACGUCCACCUCUACUGUAGCAGAAACAUCUACAACAACAGAGCCCUCCACAACAGAGUCCUCCACAACAUCUCCUGUGGAAACAUCUACUACUACCAUAGCAGUAACAUCUACUACAGAAACAGAAUCCUCCACAACUACUCCUGCUGAUAUAUCCACCACUACUUCAGCUGUAACAUCUACUACACAAACAGAGUCCUCUACAACAACUCUAGGAGAAACAUCCAUAACUGAAUACUCAACACCCACAACAACGCCUCAAACAUCCACUACUACUGCAGCAGAAAUAUCUACAACAACAGAGCCCUCCACAACAACUACUGUAGAAAUGUCUACUACUAACAUAGCAGUAACAUCUACUACACAAACAGAGUCCUCCACGACAACUCUUGAAGAUACAUCUACUACUACAAUAGAAUUAACAUCUACUACUAUAACAGAGCCCUCAACAACCACUCCUGCUGAAAUAUCCACUGCUACUGUUGCAGAAACAUCUACAACAGCAACAACAGAAUCCUCCACAACAACUGCUGCUGAAACAUCCACCAGUACUUCAGCUGUAAUGUCUACUACAACCACAGAGCCCUCAACAACUGUAAUUGAAACAUCUACCACUACUGCAGCAGAAACAUCUUCUACAACCGGAGAGUCAGCCACAACAACUAUUGAAGAAACAUCCACAACAACAGAGCCCUCCACAACAACUCCUGUGGAAACAUCCACUACUACCAUAGCAGUAACAUCUACUACACCAACAGAGUCCUCCACAACAACUGUUGAAGAAUCAUCCACAGCUGAAUACUCAACAACACCUGCUCAAACACCCACCACUACAGCAGCAGAAACAUCUACAACAACAGAACCCUUCACAACAACUUCUGUAGAAACAUCUACUACUACCUUAGCAGUAAAGUCUACUACAGCAAUAGAAUCCUCCACAACAAUUUUUGAG